AUGAGGGCCGCGUGUGCCAUAACGAUUGGAGCUCUCGCUACAGGCAUUGCAGCGCAGACUGGCGGCAGCGUUUUUGAGCCGCAGAACUUCAACAUCAGCGCGGCUCUCGGAUCCUUCGGCGUUGACGUAUCAACUCUGCCAGAGCCAGCAGAUACGCUUCAUUCACGGUCCUCGGAUGCACAAUGCUCACAUGCUUGUGCCGCCUUGACCAUACUGUUCGGCAGUGACAAGGUCUUGGCUGAAGGGGUAACCGCAUAUAGCAAUUUCACGGGCGGAUAUUGGUCUGCUCAACAAGGCUCAUUACGGCCUUCCUGUGUCUUCAAGCCUACAGAAACUCUGGACAUCUCGAUAUUGGUACUUGCGGCUAGACUGUACCAAUGCCCUUUUGCCGUAAAAAGUGGCGGUCAUGCGGCAUGGGCUGGUGCGUCCAGCAUUGAAGACGGAAUCACGGUCUCGUUGGAAAACUUCAAGCAAGCUGUUGUUGCUUCCGACAGACAGACAGUUGACAUUGGCCCUGGACUUCGAUGGAUAGAUGUAUACAAAGCUGUCGAGAAAGACGGUCUCGGUGUCGCGGGUGGGCGUAUGGCUCCUGUAGGCGUGCCUGGACUUGUUCUUGGAGGAGGCAUAUCCCACUUCGCGAGCAAGCGUGGCUGGGCGUGUGAUAAUGUAGCUAGCUUUGAAUUGGUUACAGCGUCCGGCCUCGCCAUCAACGUUAGCGCAACAUCUUACCCCGAUCUAUAUUGGGCACUGCGAGGGGGAGGCAACAACUUUGGAAUCGUGACGAACUUCAAGCUUGAGGCUUUCGCUCUGGGCCAGAUGUGGGGAGGCCAGAGAGUGUACCUUGAGAAUGCAACCCCAGCUGUGCUGGAUGCGAUUCAUGAGUUCACCAUGACUGGAUCCGUCAGGGACGAAGAUGCCGCCCAAAUUGUCACGUUCGCCAGCGCGCCUGGAAUCGGCAAAGUUUCUUUCGCCAAUCUGCACUACGCCAAACCGAUUGCUAACGCUUCGGUUUUCUCCAGUUGGAGUAACAUCACCGCCAUCGAUGAUACCACCGGCCUCCGACUAAUGUCCGGGAUGGCCGACCUCUUGAAUCAGGGAGCGCCCACGCCUGGGGCGUACCAAACGUGGUGGGGUAUCAGUUUGAAGAUGGACAGACAACUCCUCCAAUUCAUUGUUAAUACAUUUUACGCGCAGGAAGCAACUGUCGCGGAUGUCGAGAAGAUUUUGCUCAUCAUGGCUGUCCAGCCCAUUACCAAGAGCGCAGCCAAAGCCAUGCAAAAGAACGGCGGAAAUGCUUUAGGCAUUGAUCCAGAAAACGGCCCGUACUUUGUACUUAACUUCAAUGCGGCUUGGAACAACAGAGAAGACGAAGCCAAGUUCCACACGGUGAUUGCCAACAUCAUCAAACUUGUGAAGGCGGAAGCGAAGAAGAGGAACCUCGACAACGACUUCGUAUAUCUCAACUACGCGUCUGAAUACCAAGACCCCAUCGGUAGCUAUGGGUUGAAGAACAAGCAACGACUGAUGGAGGUAUCGAAGAGAUACGACCCGAAACAGGUCUUUCAGUACCUCCAGCCUGGCGGGUUUAAGCUAGUGAAGGGCGCACCGAAUGCAAACACCUCCGAUGCAUCAUUGGCGAGGGUUGAUGAGGUCUGA